UCUUUAAUGAUGACUAAUUCAUUAAACUAGUUCAUUGUAGUGGCUCAGUGGCUUUAAGGUACAGGUGGAAUCUUUUGAGGAAAAUAACUCAAUUACAUACCAAGCUGGAGAAAUGUGGCAUUAUAAUGUUGAUUUUUUAAAUGUUGGAUUACUGAAUGAUAUCAAUUAUGUUUGUAGAUUGAUGUUGCUAGAUUGGUUUGCUUUACAGGAGUUCUGUAAUAUCCAUAACUGACACUAAAUAUAAGGGAAUUAAGUAAAUCCACAGACCUUGCUGUGGAGUGACCCUUAUAAUAUAAUCCUACAAGUUAUGCUCUCAUCUGGGUUUCAUGUCCCCUCCUCCUAAAACUGGGCUAAAAUUUGGACUAUGCAGUUAUACUAUGUACUCUAACUACAGCCCUUCCUGAGUCAAACAAAAACUCGUCUGCCAACUGCCUCCAGCCUCUCAUCCCCAAAGUGUCUUCCCUCCCUCCUUGUGUCCACUAUCCCCAUAAGGCCUGCCACUGUUUUGGUUCUACUUCUGGUCCUUGAAAGGCACAUCAGGCACAAGGUAGUCAAAGCAGGAAAGAAAGAAGGAUUCUUUGUCACUAGUAACCUAUACCCAUCUACUAAACCUUCCUCUGCACCAGGCAUGUAUAAUGUGCCACUUCUAGCUGAUUCAAACACCUAUUCUUUCAAGUAUUUUCAUCUCAUCCUCUCUGACAUCACCAGUCGUGUCCCUCACAUUCAGAAGCUGCCUGGCAUUGUUAUUCUAUUCUUGGCCCACAAAGAAAACCACUAGAAGUCAAACACCACGAUCUGCAAUUCAUGCCACCAAAUGAACCUGUUGUCUCAUUUAUGUUUUCCUUAGUCACAUUGUAAUGGAAGGUCUCACAAAGGAGUCAUCAUUGCUUCCUCUAUAGUCUUUUUUUCUCACUGGUCCUUCUCCAGACUGAUUCCUUGAUGGAGGCAAGGGUUAAGAAAAGCUAUAAAAGAACUAAAUUUCAUCCUGUGCCUGUUUUGCAUGGCAAAAAAUCAUCACUUGUAAAGCUCAUAUUCUCAACACUGACUGAACCAGGACAGGAGAAACAUCAGCAUUAACAUCAUACUCUCCACACCAAUUCAGAAAUGGACCAUUAUGACGUCUUCAAGACUGGAAUCAGCAACUGCAGAAGAUCCUUGAUCACAAACUGCUCCUGCGCCACCUGCAAAAAAAACUGCUGCUCAUGCUACCUGUCCGGCUGUAGCAAUCAUUCUUCUGGCUGCGUGUGCAAAGGGAUGAACUGCAACACCAGCUGCUGUCGUUGAUAUGAAGCCCACAUUAACUUCUUUGAAUCAUUAAUUGCACUUGCAAAAGCCAACAGUACAGAAAAUGUAUU